UUCAAGGAGCAGGAGAUAGAUGAUGAUGAUGAUGAUGAUAUCUCUGAGAUCCUGAAAACCUCUCCGAUGUCAAUGAGGGACCGUCUGGAGAUGAAGGCCAAUGAGCUGGUGGAGGAAUUUAAGCAGCAACUGGAAGUGGGUGAGGAACCGAGAGAGAGUGAGGUCACGGUGUUGGAUAAUCUCCUGAAGAAAGACACUGAGAACUUCUGCAAGGCUUAUACGACAAACUAUAACUGGGCCAUUGGCAAGCUGAGGCAAACGUUGCUGAAGGGGUUUGAAUGUUUCAUCAAGGAGCAGGAGAUAGAUGACGACAAUUUCAAUGAGAUCCUGAAAACCUCUCCGAUGUCAAUGAGGGACCGUCUGGAGACAAAGGCCAAUGAGCUGGUGGAGGAAUUUAAGCAGCAACUGGAAGUGGGUGAGGAACCGAGAGAGGGUGAGGUCACGGAGUUGGAUAAUCUCCUGAAGAAAGAGACUGAGAACUUCUGCAAGGCUUAUACCACAAACUAUAACUGGGCCAUUGGCAUCCUGAGGCAAACGUUGUUGAAGGGGUUUGAAUGUUUCAUCAAGGAGCAGGAGGUAGGUGAUGAUGAUAUCUCUGUGAUCCUGAAAACCUCUCUGAUGUCAAUGAGGAACCGUCUGGAGACAAAGGCCAAUGAGCUGAAGGGUGAAUUUAAGCAGCAACUGGAAGUGGGUGAGGAACAGAGAGAGAGUGAGGUCACGGAGUUGGAUAAUCUCCUGAAGAAAGACACUGAGAACUUCUGCAAGGCUUAUACCACAAAAUAUAACUGGGCCAUUGGCAACCUGAGGCAAAUGUUGCUGAAGGGGUUUGAAUGUUUCAUCAAGGAGCAGGAGAUAGAUGAUGAUGAUGAUGAUGAUGAUGAUAUCUCUGAGAUCCUGAAAACCUCUCCGAUGUCAAUGAGGGACCGUCUGGAGACGAAGGCCAAUGAGCUGGUGGAGGAAUUUAAGCAGCAACUGGAAGUGAAUGACCUGGAGUUGAAUAAAUCCCUGAAGAAAGAGACUGAGAAGUUCUGCAAGGCUUACACGAAACAGUUUAACAGGGCGAUUGGCAAACUGAUGGAGCAGAUGCUGAAGCAGUUUGAACAUUUCACCAAACAGCAGCAUCGGGGUAAUGAGGAUAUCAUGGUGAGACUGAAGACCACUCCAGCAUCGAUGAGGAAGUGUCUGGAUAAAAAGGCCUGUGAGCUGAUCAGGGAUUUCCAGUCACAUCUGUUGCUGAGUGAGGGGGAGAGUGAGAAGGAGGUCACUGAAUUGAAGGAACAUCUGAAUGAGAUGAUUGAGAACUUCUGCAUAUCACACGGGAAUACAUUCACCUCAGCAAUCGAGAAACUGAGGCAGGAGAAACUGAAAGAGUUUGAAAGUUUCAUCAAUCAACAGCAGCAGGAUAACAAGGAUAUACUGAAGAACACUCCAGCAUCGAUGAGGAAGUGUCUGGAUAAAAAGGCCUGUGAGCUGAUCAGGGAUUUCCAGUCACAUCUGUUGCAGAGUGAGGGGGAGAGUGAGAAGGAGGUCACUGAAUUGAAGGAACAUCUGACUGACAAGAUUGAGAAAUUCUACAGAUUGUACCGGAAUACAUUCGCCUCAGCAAUCGAGAAACUGAGGCAGGAGAAACUGAAAGAGUUUGAAAGUUUCAUCAAUCAACAAGAGAUAGAUUAUGAUGAGAUGAAAAAGGGUAUUCGAAGCACAUUUGGACUGGUCCCAGAAGCAAACAGACAGAUGUUUCAGAAUAGAACGAGACAGCCUGAACAGGCUAACAUCACCAAUUUUACCUGUGUCCCAUACUUCCUUACUUUCUGA